AUGUCUUGGGCUUCUUUACUGGCAAAGAAUAAGGAAAAGUCGAUCGACUUUGGGGCUCCCCAGCAACGCGUCUACGCGAAGGAUGACUCGAUCGGCGAGGCUGAGCGCCGGCUGCAGAAUCUUGGACAUGAGAUCGUUUCCAACAUCACCCUUCCUUCCUAUGAGAAAGGACUUUUGGUGCUUGAUGCGAAUGCGAUUAUCAAAGGUAUGGAUAACUUUGUUUCCAUCUCGGAUGCCCUCGUUACGACGGCCCAGGUCAUCGCGGAAAUUCGUGAUCGGACCUCUCGCGAGCUGCUGGAGAAGCUGUCGAGCUCUAUUGUGGUUUUAGAUCCCACCCCAGACUCCAUCCACGCCGUAAUCGAGUGCGCAACGAAGACGGGUGAUUUGGGGGCGCUCUCGCGGACGGAUAUUCGGGUCUGCGCGCUCGCGUUGGAUUGCUGCAAGGCGGCGAACGCGCUGAAACCCUCGAUCAAACCCCUCUUGCCGGAGGUGAAUCCUCCGUCGAAGGAGAUCGACGUCGUCAGCGAUGAGGUCACCGACAACGACGAUGACGACGAGCGCGACGGGGGCGACGACGAGGCUGACGGGCCCGCAAGCUCACAAGCGGCGGAGACCGACAGCGACGACGGCGAGUGGAUCACGCCGGAGAAUAUUCACGAAUUCCAGAUGGGCGACCUCGGGCAUCGUCGUGUUGGCGCGCAGGCCUUUGACGGCGGCAUCGCCUGCGUCACGUCGGAUUACGCGAUGCAAAACACGCUGCUUCACCUCGGCGUUCCCAUCGUCGGGGUGAGCGGGAUGCGGAUUCGAGAGCUUCGGUUGUGGCUGCUUCGCUGCACCGCCUGCUUCACCCUCGUGAGCGAUACGACGCGGCAGUUCUGCCCUUCCUGCGGCUCCGGCGAUACCUUGCGCCGUGUGAACUACGUCGUGGAUACCGACGGCAAGAAGCAGCUUUUUAUCAACUUUAGAAAACCGAUUAGCACGCGUGGAACGGUUUACAACCUGCCGAAACCACGAGGGGGGAAACGGGGUACGAACCGGACCCUCGUCUUGCGUGAGGAUCAGCUCGCACAGGUGAUUAAAGGCACGUCGGGGGCUAAAAUAAAGGAGCGGCAGGCGAAUUUCACGGGCGUAAACGACGACUUAGCGGCGUUUGGGGAGCCUGUGCGGCGUAAAAAGAGAGAUAUCAUGGAGCCAAAGACGUCGUCGUCCUACCACAAGUACAACGUUAACGAAAAGAGGAAACUGCGUGCAGCGCGGAGGAAAUAG